CCGUGGAGACGGGCUGGCAGAGGUGGAGCCGGCUGCCGCGCGCUGAGCUGACUCUACCUCUCCGCCAGGACUCAUGUGGCCCCCGCGUGAUCGCGGGGCGGGUAAUGGGGUAAGACCGGGCGGGGCAGCUCCAGGGAACCGAGACGAGACCGGGGUUUCCAGAAGACCCGGCACAGCGGAUUCCUCCCCGCGAGGAGGGACCAUUGCUAUGGAAACCAGAGCGCGGGGCAGCGGGGGAUUGUGGCUCCCAGAUGGUGACCGAUCUUCUCUCUCCCCGAGACCCUCACCCGAGGCUUCGGGCGCGAUUGAUUUCUGAACGAACCUGCCCUCCCGCUCACGGGAGAGAGUUUUCCAUGGCACAACCCAACAGAAAGAUGUAGCCUUUGUGCCUCUCUGGCCGCUGACCCCCUGGCCCGAUGACAGCACCCCCGUGUCCCUUUCCGGUUCAGUUCCGGCAGCCCUCGGUCAGCGGCCUCUCCCAGAUCACCAGCAGCCUGUACAUCAGCAACGGGGCAGCUGCCAACAACAAGCUCCUGCUCGCCAGCAGCCAGAUCACCACGGUCAUCAACGUUUCGGUCGAAGUGGUAAAUACCUUAUACGAGGACAUCCAGUACGUACAGGUGCCUGUGGCCGACACCCCCACCUCGCGUCUUUGUGACUUCUUUGAUCCCAUUGCUGACCACAUCCACAGCGUGGAGGUGAAGCAGGGCCGCACACUGCUGCAUUGUGCCGCCGGCGUGAGCCGCUCUGCCUCACUCUGCCUCGCCUACCUCAUGAAGUACCACGCCAUGUCCCUGCGGGACGCCCACGCAUGGACCAGGUCAUGCCGACCCAUCAUCCGGCCCAACCACGGCUUCUGGGAGCAGCUUGUCCACUACGAGUUCCAGCUGUUCGGCAAGAACACUGUGCACAUGGUCAGCUCCCCAAUGGGAGUGAUCCCUGACAUCUACGAGAAGGAGGUCUGUUUGAUGAUUCCUCUGUGAGCCAUCCUGCCAGCCCCCCACACUCAGGUCUGGGGUGCAGAUCUGCUGUGGACCCACCACCCAGACCUGAACGUAAACAUUUCAUUUCUGCUGAUACA